AUGCUGGUACGCACGGCUCCUAACGCGACUCGAGCCAGCGAGCUGCAGGAAUUUGCCAAUUUGCUGCGUAUCGGAGAAGGGCGACACGAUACGUUUGCAGGAGCGGACCCAUCGUUGGCAAAAAUACCGCACGAUAUGGCUGUACCCCGUACGGCGAACUCGGCUCAGGACAUCAAUAAGCUGAUUGCCCGCAUCUACCCAGACAUGCAACGGAACUGUCAGGAUCCAGAUCGAUUCUUUUCCGAUCGUGCGAUCCUGUCUCCUUUUAAUGUUGACUAUCGUUCCGUGGACACAUUGCUAAACCCGGAGGAGCAUGAACACUUACAGAUUCCAUCCGAAUACCUCAACAAUAGCGGCAUACCACUGCAUCGCUUACGGCUGAAGCGAUCGACACCGGUGCUGUUGUUGCGAAAUCUCAAUUCCGACAUGGGACUUUGCAACGGAACGCGUCUUCAGAUUGUGGACAUGAAGACGCAUUGCUUGCACGCCAAGAUAUUGACGGGCAAGCGAUGAGAAACAGACGUGCUGCUGCUACGCAUCUACUGUGACAGCAACGACAAGGGCCAACCGUUCCAAAUCCGCCGCAAACAGUUCCCGGUGCAGGUGUGCUUUGCCAUGACCAUUAAUAAAGCACAAGGACAAUCACUGAACCAUCUGGGCCUCUAUCUGCCAAAGGAUGUGUUUGCACACGGCCAGCUGUACGUGGCAGUGUCCCGCGUCACGACACGAGCAAAUAUAGCUGCGCCGAUCGCAAAUCCUGAACACGACAAUCAAGAUGGUGUCUCAACGCGAAACAUUGUGUAUCGAGAAAUCAUUGACGAUUGAACGUGUUCGGGGAUUC